AUGGAGCGUGUCCGUAAAAUAUGCACCCUAUGCAAGAUUGAACGACAAUUCGAGCAUAGCACGAGACGCGAUACUAGCUGCCCUCUCCCACGACCCUCACGAGGAUAUACCAACUCUCGGGCUCAGAAAGGAAGAAAGGUCUUCACUCACGAUACUACACGAACAAGCGCACCGCUAAAGAAGAGAAACACUCUUCGCUUACAGAGCACAGCAAAAGACCGUUCUACAACACGACAGCCAAACAAGGAAGACACUGGAGUCGAAAAACCCGCAUGGCUGCGUACAUGGCUCAACAAGCUUCCCAUCACCACAUGUCCCAAGCCCCCCACAUCUUCCCCAUCCAGUAUCUCUCCUCCCCCGCGAAAAGCCAACAGCGUAGACUUAUCCCGCAUGAUGCCCUUCCACCGUGAAGAAGAAACACCCACCGCCCUACCCAGAAACACCCCCACAGCACCCGUCCCACACUGCACUCGCACCCGCACCCGCAUCGCCCCAGCCACAAGAUCCAGCAGCACCCCAAACCUCACCCGCCACUUCUCCCUCUCCAAAAAACCCAGCGUCCACCAAAAACCCACACCCAAACCCACCACCCCAUCCAUGACAACAAAACUCCAAAAACGCGCCCCUACCGCUCCCCUUCGCCCCAAAUCCACAACCACCACCACAACCUCCCUCUUCCCACCACGCCCCACCAGCACCAUUCUGCGUCCCUCCGCAACCCCAGCUCCAGACUCAAACCCCACUACAAAACGCCCGCAAACUCAUAGCCCCGAUCCGCAUCCAGACCCGUCGAAAGGAGCGGUCGCGGGUGAUAGACGCAAUAGUACUGCGUACUUGACUAUCACCACUACUGCAACAGGCGACGAAGAUGAAGACGGCGAGUUCGAAAUGAGUGAGACGAGGAGGUUGUUGUGGGAGUAUUGGAAUGUGCAGUGUAGGUUUUUGGCUGAGGAGUGGAUUGAUGAGUGA